AUGAUCGGUCAAUUUGACACCUACCAAUCUCCAGUCUGUAUUUCUUCCCAAAAUCAUGGCAUCGAUACUCAGGGAGCAUCGGGACCUUCUUUGCGAUAUACCGCAAACCACUGGGCGGAACUAAAGGCUAGAUUUCUUUCAUUUCACGCAGAGGAGAUGCCAUGGACUCCGUCAUCUCCGACUUGCUCUCCUUCACAUCCGAGACCAAAGCAUCCAUUGAGGUCACGUCCACAAAAUAGACAUUUUCGGACACUCAAGGACAGGAUGAAACGUAUCCAGUCCCGCACCACCCUCCAGCGUAGUUCUGCUUCGCUAAACCUUUCUCAGCGAUCAACACCAGAUCUCAAAAUUCUUCAUGCGCACUAUGCUCGUCAGCUUAUGCAUGGAGAAGCAUACGACGAAUACGAGUGUGGAGAAUCCAGUCCAAAGCGCAAGCGAGCUAUUAUUGGCAUUCGCGACGUGAACAAAACGACCCGGGAUAUGCUGCCCUUCGGCUUGGCGGAUUCCCGUGUCGGCGUUAUAACGGGCCACGAGAUGGUAGACGCCAAGGACGAAUUUUGGUUUCAGUCCAAUGCAACUCCGGGAUUUCCGAUCGGUGCAAAUAGCACUUCCAUGAAGCGCGUCGUAUAUGGCGAUUUUGGUGUACUCUGCAUGUUUGAGAGGGCGCAGGCGUCAAAGAAGACGAGUGAUCCCCGUCGGCGACCUCGGCCUACGGUCGACAUUGAUAUGACUGCACCUCAAGAACUUCCAUCCGCCAGUGAUCACCAUCCAUGUCCAGAUAUGCACGAGGCAGCACCUAUUCACCGAAACAAAUCUUCGGAGGACACCCAAGCUCCUGAGCCAAUGCAAACCACUGCGGAUCUGAUGAGGGAGAUUUUCGGUGAUGGCGAAGUGGAUGACGCGGACAGUGUCUUAUCUAUGAUUAGAUACAUGAAUAUCAUAUGA